AAGUAAUGUGCCACCCGAACUUAUCCUCCGCCACCUAACCAUCGUUCUUGCAAAGUAGCUGAAAAUCAUAUCUGAUAGCAAAACACAGUGAAGCCUGAAAUCAAUUAAGCAACUCACGUCAUGAAUUUCUUCAAAUCCAUUUUGUUGGAUGAUCCGGAUCCUCCCAAGCCCGAGAAUCCUCAUGAACCUGGCCCGAGUUCUCCCCUCAAAACGCCUCAGGAAGAUCGGAAUCCGAGCGACGACGCUCAGGAUGGUGAUUCCGAUGGAUGGAGCUUCGGGGGUUUGAUCAAGACUUUCACUACCCGAUCCGAAUCAGUGAUUGAAACAUAUCGUAAAGAUCUCUUGGAGUUUGGAUCCGGUCUAAAAAAGGAGACUGAGGUUAUUCGUGAAGCUGCCAGCCGAGCCGUGAAGGAUCUUCCGGCUUCACUGGAAGCCGGCACGUCAGCCCUGGACGGAGUGCUGAAAUCAACAGCUGAGAUCAUUUCAAAGGAAACCCGACAAGUUUUUGCGUCGGAUGGGGAACCUGAUACGCCGGAAACGAAUCGGAGCUUGAAUUCGGGUCGGUAUAGUUGGUUUGAGACCCAGUUGAGUGGUAUUCAAAGUGAUUUGAAUACUUUCUGUGAAGAACCGGAGGAUGUGGAGGAGUAUAAGAAGUGGAAGUUAAGGUUUGAGUUGGAGGACAAGAGGGAUGAAAUUGAGGGUCUGAUUGGGGAAAAUGGGACUUUGGAGGGGGUUUAUGAAAAGGUUGUUCCGAGUGCGGUUGAUCAUGAAACGUUUUGGUGUAGGUACUUUUACAGAGUGGAUAAGCUAAAGCAGCAGGAGAGGGUUAGAGCGAAUCUUGUGAAGAGGGCGAUUUCGGUUGAUGAUGAUGAUGAUGAGUUGUCUUGGGAUGUUGAUGAUGAGGAGGAGAAGGAUGGUAAGGGGGAUGAGGCGAUGAGUGGGUUGAAGGUAGAUGGAGGGGGAGAUAAGGGUGUGAGUGAUGGAAGUUUGAAUCAUGUUGAGAAGAAUGAUGGAUUAUUUGAUGGGAAGGAACAAGGCAAUGGCAAUGUGCAUGAUGGAGAUAAGAACAAUGUGAUUGAGUUUGGUACAAAGAGUAGCGGGGACGUGUCUUCAGACGAGAAGGAAGUGAAGUCUGAUGAAGUUGAUCUGAAAAGCAAUGAGAAGGUGAAAUCUGAAGAAAGUGGCAAAGAGAAGAAUGAUGAGCAUGAGAAGGUGAAAUACGAAGAAAGUAUCGAAAACAAGAAUGAUGAGAAUGAGAAGGUGAAAUCUGAAGAAAGUAUCGAAGACAAGAGUAAUAAGGAUGUCGGGGUAGAGAAGGGUGAAUCUGGUGAGAAAAGUGGUGUUCCAGUGAUGGUGAAUCAUCAAGCGAAGAUGGAGGAGGAGUUGGAGUGGGAUGAGAUUGAGGACAUUGGAAGUGGCGACGAGGGGAAAAUCACUCAUGGUGAGAGGCCAAACAGAGCAGAACUGAGGAAGCAGUUGAAUGCUGCAGAAGAUGAUGAGGAUUUGAGUUGGGAUAUUGAAGACGAUGAUGAACCAGUGAAGACUUGAUUGCAUGAAGGAUGAGGUUUGCGUGGUACCACCUAGUAAGUAGGACGGCCUGGGAUCUUGAAGCUGAAGAGGCAACUACUCUAUCAAGGCUCCUUACCAAUUUGAUAUCAAGAACAUAAACCUAUCAAAUUGAUGAAUGUGCUUCAUUCUUUUUGUCUUGGUUGUUCAAUGUGGCUCUACAUGUGAUCAGGUACAGGACUGCUUUCUUCUACCGAUGUGUGAUAAGUUAGUUGCACUUGUGGCUCAGUGUUUUUAUUGGACGAAGAUGAGCCUUUUCUUCUGUGUAACUUCCUCUUAAAGAGGAACUACAAAUUUAGUUGUCUUAUUAUCUGUUUUGAAUUCUCGAUUAUGUGAGAAUCAUUUGUAUUGCUGGCCGCUGUGGUUCAUGUUAUUCUUGGAACGUGUUUGACAAAGAUGGAUUUUUCAUUAUUGUUGCUA